CUGUCGGUCAUAUGCAAAUCUCUAUCAACCCAGCAGGCUGUCAUAUUCUCAGCACCGAACUCAGUGGAUCAGUUCCGAAUCACUAGUCCGCAGCGUAAUCUCGCAGAACCUGCCACAAGUCGAUCUUCACUCGCAGCAAAUCGAUCGAAAAGAUGUUUGCCCGUGCCGUGAAAACUGCUGCCUGCCAGGGAGCGAAGAACUUUUCCACCACGAGCCAGAACAAUGUUAAGGUGGCCGUAUGUGGAGCAUCGGGAGGUAUCGGACAGCCACUGUCGUUGCUGCUGAAGAACAGUCCGCUGGUGACGGAACUGUCACUGUACGAUAUUGUGCACACGCCCGGUGUGGCCGCGGAUCUGUCGCACAUCGAAACGCAGUCGAAAGUGACGGGAUACAAUGGACCGGAAAAUUUGGAGAAGGCUUUGAAGGGUGCCGACAUCGUCAUCAUUCCGGCCGGUGUGCCUCGCAAGCCCGGUAUGACCCGCGACGAUUUGUUCAAUACUAACGCGUCGAUCGUUCGCGAUCUGGCAGCUGGUUGUGCGAAGGCUUGCCCGAAAGCGCUCAUUGGUAUCAUCUCGAACCCCGUUAACUCGACCGUGCCCAUCGCCUGCGACACGCUGCAAAAGGCCGGCGCGCUGGACCCGCGUCGUGUGUUUGGCAUCUCUACUCUGGAUAUUGUUCGUGCCAACACCUUCGUGGGUGAGGCAGCCGGAGUCGACCCGCAGAAGAUGAGCGUGCCCGUCAUCGGUGGACAUUCGGGCGUCACAAUCAUCCCGGUGCUGUCCCAGACGAAGCCAGGCGUGAACUUCCCGCAGGAUAAGAUUUCCGCCCUCACUGAACGCAUCCAGGAGGCAGGCACGGAGGUGGUAAAGGCGAAAGCUGGUGCUGGAUCGGCCACGCUUUCGAUGGCUUACGCCGGUGCACGUUUCGCGCUAGCUCUGGCACGCGCAAUGAACGGCGAACAGAACGUCAUCGAGUGUGCUUACGUACGAUCGGACGUAACUGAGGCCAAGUACUUUGCGACUCCGCUGCUGCUCGGCAAGAAUGGGCUGGAGAAGAACUUGGGACUGCCGAAGCUGAACGCAUUCGAGCAGGAGCUGUUGAAGAAGGCUAUCCCAGAGCUGAAGAAGAACAUUCAGAAGGGAGAAGAUUUUGUGAAGAAAAACUAAAUUCAGUUACGGAAAUUUGCAAAGCAUAGCUACGUAGAUCGGUUCUUGUAGAGCAUUUUUUGAAAAUUUCAUCUCAAUCCAUCUAGAACCAAAGUUUAUCUUAGCUCUCGUAGCUACAAGCGCCCCUCCAACAAAAUGGACAAACCACAAGAGCCUCACGGAAAUACAAUACUGCGGCCAGUUAAUCAUGACAUGUCGUUCGAAUGAAAUUAACGCAUGUACUUGAAAUCAGUCUGCCUACGAGCCAUAGAGGUUAGACAGUGAGAUGACCGAAAGUUAAAGCGAAAUAAAGUGUAAUUUAUUUGGUACAAACUAGC